AAUAUCGAAAAAAAGUGAACCAAUAAGCCGUCUUAAUAAAGAUUUUGAAUAUUUAAAUUACAGGAAAGACUUAGAUCGUAUAAUAACAGGAUAUAGAUGUGGAACCACUUGGAAUAAAAUUGCAGUAGCUGCAAAAAGAAAUUUACAGAGCGAAUUGAACUUGUCAUUAGUUAAGAAUUUUUGGUUGUUACAAGAUCAAGAAAUUGCUGCAGAUAGACGUGGAGCAUCACAAGCCUAUGAAACUGGAAACAAUUACCUUUUACAUACUUCAUCUAUAAAUUCGUUCACAUCAUCGACAUCAACACCACCCAUUGUUACCGCCACUACUGGCAACAGUAAUGAUGAAGGUUUCGAUGAGCCAAAUCAUUUGCUUUUAGGUAAACGCUCACAUAGAGAUGAAGAAUCUGUUGAGAUUGAUGAAAUGAUUAUUGAUUAUACGAAGUAUCCACUGUUAAAAAGAUAUCGCUCUUUACUUUCUGACUUACAACAACAUCCAGUAGAAGAGGAAUCACAGCGUGCCUGUCACGCCAUUAGAAUGAUAAAGUGGUAUGUAGUUGAUAAAGAGAUACUUAAGGAAUUGGAUGGACGGCUUCUUCAGGCAGAACAGCCACUUCAAAAGUUGAUUACGAAGAAUAGAGUCAGAGAUAGUGAUCAUAACUGGUUAUUAUCACCAAUCACAUCGAUUAUAGAAACUUUUCGAGACAGUGGUCGAGGUUCUGCCCGAUCAGAUUUUGCUGCAAUUGUCACUAAUCAUAACGUAGUUGUGUCAGAGGCAGCACAUGAAUUUAAUCGUAUGUUAACUUUAGCACGCAAUUUAUCGGAAGAGGAAAUUAACAGAACGUGUAUCCAUAAUGGUUUAGUGAACGGUACUCAAAUAAGUUUCAUUGUUUAUCUGAGAGAAACUGUUUGUGAAGAUGGACUGUGUAUUAAAACAAUAUUGGAGAGGGAACCAACAAGACAUGAUUAUAAAUUAAAAGCAUUACUACCUCGACUUCCAAACGAAGUUGCAAAAUCGAGAACUUAUAGUACUAAUUUUACACCACAUGCAAAAAAGCAGCGAUAUAUCUUUCUUAGGUCCUAG